AUGGAAUUAUAUAAACAAGGAGCAGAAUCAAAAAUUUACAUUUCAUUUUAUUCCGAUCGAAAAGUAAUUGUUAAAGAACGAUUUUCCAAACUAUACCGAAACCAACUAUUGGAUCAGAGUAUACGAAGAGAACGUACUAAAGCUGAAGCCAAAGCUAUUUUAAAAUGUAAACAGGGUGGUAUUGCUACUCCUGUUAUAUACUUAUUGGAUUUAAACAACUGCAAAAUAACAAUGGAAUUUAUAAACAGUCAGACAGUCAAUGACUUCCUAAAUAAUCUAAAAAAUGACAAGCAGUAUAAUGAUGUUGAGUUAACCAAAUUACUGAUGGAAAUUGGCGCUGUUAUAGGAAAAAUGCAUUCUCUUGGAAUCUUUCACGGAGAUCUAACAACUUCUAAUAUAUUAAGAAAAGAAGAUGGUACUUUGGUGUUAAUUGAUUUUGGCCUUAGCCAUUUCAAUCCAAGUAAUGAAGAUAAAGCUGUUGACCUAUAUGUUUUAGAAAGAGCAUUUAUCAGUACACAUUCAUAUUUCUCAGACUUGUUUGCAUCAAUUAUAGAUGGUUAUAAACAUGCUUAUGGAUUAAACGUCCAAUCUAUUAUCAAUCAAUUUCAAAUUGUCCGAGCUCGAGGUCGUAAACGAUUAAUGUUUGGCUAA